CUGUUUGCUCUGUACUAACACCAACGGUCAAAACGUCCAGAAGAUGGGCAUUCGCGAUUUAUGGUCAAUCCUGGAGCCCUAUCACGACAGGAAGCCUCUGUACGAGUUGUCCGGGAAGGUAGUGGCCAUAGAUCUCGGGGGAUGGGUGUGUGAGAACCAGAAUGUGGUGGAAUAUCCCAUUCAGCCGCGGCUGUAUCUCAGGAAUCUCUUCCAUCGCACUUGCUACCUACUCCUAGCCAAUGUGACACCAGUUUUUGUGCUAGAGGGUGAAGCUCCGACGCUCAAGUACGACGAAAUCGCCCGGAGGAAUGACAUUCAGUUCCGCGGAGCAGCUCCCAAGAAUCCCAAGGUCAAGAAAGACACCAAGAAGGGUCGUACGCGAUUCAAUGGGGUGCUGAAACUGUGUGAGAGUCUUCUGGCUUCCAUGGGAGUGGAAUGUGUGCAGGCACCUGGUGAGGCAGAAGCAUUCUGUGCCCAUCUCAAUCGAGAUGGCCUUGUGGAUGGAGUUGUAAGCCAGGAUUCUGACUGUUUCGCCUAUGGUGCCCGGAUAGUCUAUAGGAAUUUUUCCGUAGCCAAACAGGGCAGUGUAGCAGCGUCCGGAGGUGCAGUAGAUGUCUAUGACAUGGACAAAAUUAGUCCAAUUCUCGAUUUAGGGCAGAACAAAAUGGUUCUUCUAGCUCUCCUAGCCGGAUGCGAUUACUGCCCAGAAGGCGUGACUGGUGUAGGCAAGGAUUCUGUCAUCAAACUCCUGUCUCAGUACCCAGAACAGGAGAUCCUGCAGCAUGUGAAAAAUUGGAAGUUUCAGGAUGAAAAGUUCCGCAAUCUCGAAGCUAAAAUUGAGGAUAGGAAUAUUUGUGUCAAUUGUGGACACCUUGGGAAACUCCUGAGUCACACAAGGAAGGGCUGUGGAUCCUGCAUGAUGAGUACGGGCUGUGAUUCUUCGCUGUGGAAAGAGGAACGUCUCCUUAUAAAGACUGAAGUCCAGAUUCGUCGAAAAGCUCUGCUUUCGAAGGAUUUUCCUCGUCAGGACAUCAUCGAUGAGUUCCUCCAGGCAUCAGAUACUCCAAAGAGCCUAAAUCUCUCCUGGAAAUGCCCCAAUGUGGUGAGAUUCGUACGGAUGAUGGUGAAAUAUCUUCAAUGGGAAGAACUCUAUGCAUUCCAGAAGAUCCUUCCACUCCUAACACGAUGGCAACUGAACCAUCCAGACAAAGAGGCUCUCGUGUCUCCACGGGAGAUCAGGAAGAAGCGCACUCUCAAAGGAGUGUCCAGUUUUGAAGUUAUCUGGCGAGAUUGCAGCCCAUUCUUCGAAGGAUUGAUCCCAGAUGAACAGCUAACAGCCUUCUUGCUGGACAAUCCCGCAGGAAUUGACAGUCUCUGGACAACAAUUGAACCAUCAGCUCUUCUACAAGACACCCAUCCACUCCUCAUCCAACAAUUCCUGGCCAGCAAGCCCCAGAAGAAAUCAAAGAAGAAACGCAAACCUGAAGACUCCUUAAGCACGUUCGACGAGAUGAAAGAUGAGCUCAAGAAAAUCGAGAAAAAAGCCCCACGGCGGAAGGGUCCUGUGCCCAAAGGAGUCCAAAAAAUUGAUAAAUUCUUCCAAAAACUCGACCGAGAAGACAGUAUCCUCAAAGCUGUAGAGAAUCUCCCGGACAGCCAAGAAGAGGAAGCAGAUCUCUCCGAUGUGAUAUCUCAAAUCGUCUCACGCACUCCCAAAGUCACUCAUCUCAAUGGUCAGGAACUUAUCUACGAUGUACACAAAGAAAGCCCAACAACAAAGUCUCCAAAGCCUCCAGACGAGAUGUCUGAGGAGGAAUUGGAUGAGCUGGAUCUCUUAGUUGCCGGAGUUUCUUCCAGUCUCGUCAAAUUUUCCACGCCCAAAAAUCUGAAAUCCAUAAAAUCUCCUAAGGAGGACGUGGCAUAUCUUCUGGACGAUCUCAAUGCCAGCGUUGACCUCUUUGAGUCCACCCUGAACGAGUCCAGGAAAAUCUUUGAGGAGGCAGAAUCUUCCGAUGACAGAAUUUGAAUUUGCAAUAAAUUUUCAGCUAACUUCA